AUGGGGAACCAGAUAACCAAAGACGACAAAAACACAAUUUUUCGGCAGAUAAAACCUAAUACGCAAUGGGAUGGCAAAGUGAACAGAUGCCCGUUUUCGAAGCAAGUGAAAAACUACGAGGAUGGUUUGUCCUAUCAAGAUACAUUACAUCACAGAGCUGUCAAGAAGCAGACUUGCACCUCUAACGUUUGUGAGGGCUCUAUUAUGACUUCAAAGUCUCUAAUGAGAUGGCCCUCCAGUACUACACCAGGCUCCAAUGACAUCCUCAUGCAAGCUAUUGACUUCAUCAAUCAGUAUUACAAGUCCAUUAAAAACACAAAAAUUGAGGAGCACCUGGCUCGUGUGGAGGAGGUUUGUACAGAAAUAGAUGCCACUGGAUCAUAUCAACUCACCACAAAGGAACUGGAAUUUGGGGCUAAACAAGCAUGGAGGAAUGCACCAAGGUGCAUCGGCAGAAUUCAGUGGGCUAAUUUGCAGGUGUUUGAUGCACGUAAAUGCAGAACUGCAGCAGAUAUGUUUCAGGUGCUGUGUGAUCACAUUCAGUUUGCCACCAAUGGAGGCAACCUGAGGUCUGCCAUCACUAUUUUCCGUCAGAGAACCGAUGGCCAACAUGAUUUCCGUGUGUGGAAUACUCAGCUUAUAAGAUACGCAGGCUAUAAGAUGGUGGACAGCACAAUAAUAGGAGAUCCUGACAGUGUUGCCUUCACAGAGAUUUGCAUCCAGCUUGGAUGGACACCAAAGUAUGGUCUGUUUGAUGUGCUUCCAUUAUUGCUACAAGCUAAUGGAGAGGACCCUCAGCUUUUUGAAAUUCCCCAACAUUUGAUUUUGGAAGUUCCCAUGGAGCACCCACAGUAUAAAUGGUUUCGAGAUUUGAACCUCCGCUGGUAUGCAUUGCCUGCCGUGUCCAGCAUGUUGAUUGAGAUUGGUGGUCUUGAAUUCCCAGCAUGUCCUUUCAAUGGGUGGUACAUGGGAACUGAGAUUGGAGUGAGGGACUUUUGUGAUACCAAACGCUACAAUGUUCUUGAGCAAGUUGGUCGUAGAAUGGGCUUGGAGACGCAAAAACUCUCCUCACUAUGGAAGGAUCAGGCCCUUGUUGCCAUCAAUGUUGCAGUGAUGCAUAGUUUUCAGAAGAAUAAGGUCACCAUCACUGACCACCAUUCCGCAUCAGAGUCCUUCAUGAAGCACAUGGAGAUGGAGGUGCACCUGCGUGGAGGCUGUCCGGCAGAUUGGAUUUGGCUGGUGCCUCCAAUGUCUGGCGCUUUAACCCCUGUGUUCCAUCAGGAAAUGCUAAACUACAUUCUGUCACCUUUUUUUUAUUACCAGCCUGAACCAUGGUUGACUCACAAGUGGAAGAACGAGAGAGAAAAAGCAAGAAGGCACAGAGUCAGCUUCAGAGGCUUGAUAAGAGCUGUGCUCUUCUCUCAGAUGCUCAUCAAAUCAGCCCUGGCCAAGCGGGUGUGCUGCACCGUCCUGUACGCCACAGAAACUGGGAAAUCUCAGACCUUUGCUAAGAAGCUCAGUUCUAUGCUGAACUGUGCCUUUAACUCCAGGCUUGUUUGCAUGGAGGACUACAACAUCAGUGAACUUGAGAAGGAAAGUCUUCUAAUGGUUGUCACCAGCACGUUUGGCAAUGGAGACUGUCCUGGCAAUGGAGCGAGUUUCAAGAAACACCUUUUCAGCCUAAACAACCUACGAAACAAAGUCAGGUACUGUGUGUUUGGUCUCGGCUCUCGAAUGUACCCACAGUUCUGUGCGUUUGCUCAUUCCGUGGACAGUAAGCUUGCAGCGCUGGGGGCUCUUCGCGUGUCGCCCACAGGAGAAGGAGAUGAACUGAACGGACAGGACGAACAUUUCUCAGCCUGGGCUUGUGCUGCUUUUAAGGAUGUGAGCAGGGAGUUUAACGUUCAAGGACAUCUUCCUGGAACCGAUCGACGGGCAGACUGUUGGGAUCCUCCGAAACACAGAGUUCAAAAUGACACUUGCGCACUUGACAGAGUUGCAGCUUUGUCAGCUCUUCAUUCUCAAAUUUUGGUUCCUAUGAAGCUGAAGAGAAGACAAAAUUUACAAAGCCCACAGUCCAGUCGUGUUACAAUAUUGGUGGAGUUGGAGAAGGAUGGGAACACAGAACACUUAAACUUUGUCCCUGGAGAUCACGUGGGGAUUUUUCCAGGGAACUCACCCGAGCUGGUGGCUGGCAUCCUGAAGCGUCUCCCCAAUGCCCCUCCAAUCAACCAAAGCCUUCGCUUGGAAUUCCUCAGUGAUUCUUACCCUGAUGGUGAAAGGUGGCACAGAGAUGAACGAAUACCACCGUGUACUCUUGCCCAGGCUCUUACGUACCUUCUGGAUGUCACCACCCCACCCUCACAGAGCCUCCUCCGCAAGCUCUCAAAGAUGGCAAGACUGGAAGACCAAGGACAGCACCUGCUAACACUAGCAACAGACAUCACAGUGUAUUUAACAUGGAAGGAGUUUCGCAAACCAACAUUUCUCGAAGUGCUGGAGGAGUUUCCCUCUUUGGAACUGAAUGCUGCCUUUCUCCUGAGCCAGCUACCUCUGCUGAGGCCACGCCUCUACUCCACAAGCUCCUCCCGUGACCUCCACCCCCAGGAACUUCACCUCACAGUGGCUGUGGUUAGCUAUUACACACAAGAGGGAAAGGGUCCACUGCAUUUUGGUCUUUGCAGUACCUGGCUCAACACCAUCAAAGAAGGAGACAUGGUGCCCUGUUUCAUCCAUAGAUCAGAUGGAUUCCAUCUCCCGUCUGACACCAGUGCUCCCUGUAUCCUUGUGGGGGCUGGGAGCGGCAUUGCCCCCUUCAGAAGUUUCUGGCAACAACAGUACCAUGACAUGAAAAAAAGAGGUGUAAAGGGGAAUCCUAUGACACUCGUGUUCGGGUGUCGAGGUUCAGAUUUGGAUCACCUUUAUAAAGACGAGACUCUGGACAUGCAAGAUAAUGGCACUCUGGAUAUUUUUGCCACGGCUUACUCUCGGCAGGCUGGACAACCCAAGGUUUAUGUUCAGGACGUCCUGCGGGAACAAUUAAAUGACAAGGUCUUUGAGGUCCUGCACCAGAGUCAAGGUCAUCUGUACAUCUGUGGAGGCUUGAACAUGGCCCGUGAUGUGGCUUCCACCGUUCGAGAAAUCCUGGUCAGCCGGUUGGGCAUAAGUUUUACUCGGGCUGAAGAGUAUCUGUCAAGGCUAAAGAACGAGAAGCGCUACCAUGAGGAAAUAUUUGGAUCCUAGUGCUGCUAAACCUUUAAACCAAACACAAGUACACGACAAAAACACAACAACAACCAAGGGGAGUGGGGGACAGAACACAUGCUUUUCACGUAUUUGAUUUUCAUAAAAUCUUGCCCACAAACAAUAAUACUGUCAAAAUAUUGCUAAGCAUGCUAUAAUUGAAACAAACUCAUGGACAGAUAACUGAGAACAUAAAUACACAACCGUAUUACAGUAUAGUAUUAUACGAUUAAUUCCCAACAAUACAUGCUUAGAAACUGCAACACAACACGUUGGUCCUUGGCAAAGUGCAUUUUUACAACCAUCUAAUUUUCUUUGACUAGUAGCUAUCUCUGUCUGCGAUCAAACCCACAAUAUACAGUGAGCUCCAAAAGUCUUGACCAUAGUGGAAAUAUGUUGCAUUUUCUAAAUGAAUGCAAUAAAUUUUGUUCCCUAACAUAAAAUUUGUUAAAAUUGAACUAAAACAAUUAAGAUUAAUUUCACAUUGUCUUAGUAUUCAGUAUUUUCAAUUCUUUUGUCCAUUUUCAGAUUUCAAACCCCUGAUAGGUUUGAGAUUUUUGGACCCCCGGAUACAGUAAAUAUUAGGCUAACGUUACCUCAAAUUCAACAUGAAUGUAGGCUAUAAUGUUAAAGUCAACAUGAAUCGGAAGUUACGAUUGACUUCUUUUCCGUAUCGUGACGUAUAUCCGAGUAAACGGCUUCUGAAAUUAGAAAAAGGUGUAGGGCGGGGCUUUACUUUUACCUUUCCCUUUUUGAUUGGUUUGUUGUAAAAUGGGCCUGGAGGCGAAGGCUAAAAAUGCCUGGCCAUUGGACAGUGAGUAUAGUCCUACCUCUUUUUUGUUGCUGAUGUCAUGUGGUGAAGAGUUGUUGUUGAGAAGAGCUUAAUGUUUUUGAUUAAAGAUUACAAGUGCAAAUUAAUGUUUUAAAAAUAAUGGUGUGCACGGAUAAAUCAUUUAUAAUAAUCACUGCAACACUGUAAAACACUUUUUUAAACAAUUUUUCCUGUUUGAUUUCAUGGUGACUUUAAAUAGCGUAACUGUUUGCUCAAUUCUUACACUGUUACAUAUAUGAAGAGUUCAUAUGCCAAAGUAUUAUAUAAAUAUGUCAUUGUGUCUAUGUUUACAUACUGAGUUUUAUAAUAA